AUGGUGCAUGGGAACAACACCUCAGGUUUCAUUCUUAUAGGACUCUUUGACCAUACCAGAGCCCACCAAAUGCUCUUUGGGUUAAUCCUAGCAGUGAUGAUCUUCUCUGUUCUCAACAACACCCUCAUGGUUCUCCUGAUCCAUCAGGACACCCGGCUGCACACGCCCAUGUACUUCCUGCUCAACCAACUCUCCCUCAUGGACCUCAUGCUGGUCUUCACCAUUGUGCCCAAGAUGGCAGAUGGCUACUUGACUGGAGAGAAGUCUAUCUCCCUAGUGGGCUGUGGGUUGCAGAUCUUCUUCUUUCAGACCGCUGGAGGGGCAGAGUGCUUCCUCUUGGCAGCCAUGUCCUAUGACCGCUACGUGGCUGUGUGCCACCCACUUCGGUAUGCCACUCUCAUGAACUGGCACAUGUGUCUAAAAAUGGCUUUGGGGUCCUGGUUCCUGGGGGCAUCUGAUGCCCUCAUGCAGGCUGCUGUUACCCUCAGCUUCCCGUUCUGUGUUAACCAUGAGGUGGACCAUUUCUUCUGUGAGGCCCCCACACUGGUGCGUUUGGCCUGCAGUGACACCUCUGCCUUUGAGUAUGUCAUGUACAUCUGCUGUGUGCUGAUGCUCCUCAUUCCCUUGUCCCUCAUUCUGACCUCUUACAGCCUCAUCCUUGCUACUAUUCUGCAAAUGCACUCCAUAGAGGCCCGCAAGAAGGCCUUUGCCACCUGCUCCUCCCAUGUGGGGGUGGUGGGUCUUUACUAUGGACCUGGCAUCUUUAUUUAUAUGAGACCCAAAUCUUACAGGUCAGCCAAAUAUGACAAAGUCAUGUCUGCUUUCUACACCAUCUUCACCCCCCUGCUGAACCCCAUGAUCUACUCUCUGAGGAACAAAGAGGUCAAGGGCGCCCUGAGGAAGUGUGAGAGACAGGGACAUCUGCUUUCCAAGGAGCAUCUGCGGCCUCAUAGAGAGGUUGUAGUGGAGUUGGAGACCGGAGACAGAGAUGCCCAGAGAGUGAGGGUGCACAGGCUGUGUAAGGAGGAGACCUGGCUCUAUGAUUUGAGUGGAAAUCCUUGCAGUGUUGAUGCAGAGUAUGAUUUUGUGGUCAUACUUGUGGUGGCUGCGACAUCAGAGGACGACUUCUGCUCUCCUGUUUAA